AUGCAAGAGCAGGAGUACUACGAAGAGUACGAGCAGAACGAGGAAAACGCUGCCGAGGAUGACCAAUCAGAAGGACAAGAAGAAGAAGAGGAUGAAGACGAUGAGUUCGGAGCCGGCAGUGCCUUCCAGAAUGUAGGUCAAGGGCUGACAGGCCGAUCCAAGAACAUGAUGAUGCAAUAUUGGCAGGAAACCAUCAACUCUAUUGAACACGACGAUCAUGAUUUUAAGAACCAUCAGCUACCUUUGGCCAGAAUCAAGAAAGUAAUGAAAACUGAUGAAGAGGUGAAAAUGAUUAGUGCCGAAGCCCCUAUUUUGUUUGCCAAGGGAUGUGAUAUUUUCAUCACAGAGCUAACAAUGAGAGCGUGGAUACACGCAGAAGAGAACAAAAGGCGAACUUUACAACGAUCUGAUAUUGCCGCGGCCUUAAAGAAAUCUGAUAUGUUCGAUUUUCUGAUUGAUAUUGUGCCUCGAGACGAAGAGAAAGGGAAACGUACCAAGGGAAUGCAACCCCCUCCGCAUUCGACGCUGCCUGGAGCUGCGCAAAUACCUCCAAAUGGGCCUCAUGAAAUUGAAGCCAUGGAUGAUUCAAAUAACUACCAGACUUUUCUACAGGAUUAUCAGAACGAUAAUGGAGGCACAGUGCCAGAUCAGAAUUUACUGGAUCAACAAUAUCACAUCCAACAGCAACAGCAACAGCAACAGCAACAGCAACAACAACAACAGCAGCAACAAUCUCAGCAACAAUCCCAGCAGCAGUCUCAAUCUCAGCGCACACAGCCAGAAGAUCCUACUCAACUACAACGUAUGUAUAAUGGGUUUUAA